AUGUACAAGAAGAUGAAAUUGACAGAUGACGAAAUUAGAAAUUUGCUUGAGAGUUCAGACUAUGAAUUUAGUGGUGAACUAUCUGAAAGCUCAAGCAGUGAAACUAAAGGUGUAUUCAUGGAAAUUCCAGAUCAAGUAGUUUCUGACAGCAGCAAGUUGGAUGAAAGUGAGCAGGAUAUUCAACCAACAAGAAGACGACCCAGGCUGAAAGCACAAAUUGAUCAACUUGAAAAAGACAUGGUGGCCCCAUCAAGUAUGAUAUGGAAGAGAAGCCCUUACGUAAAUCAGAGCAGGAGGUCUGUUGCUAACGUAAUGAGAACCCCGAAAGGAACUAAGCCAGGGAUAAAACCUGAUACACCAGGUAAAGCUUUUCUCAUGUACUUCGGUGAUAACAUCCUGGAUAACAUUUUGAUGUGUACCAAUCAAAAGCUUGGAAAUCUUAGGGAAUCAUCUGAAGAUAUUUUCAUAAAAAAAUUCGAAAGCAUUUUAAAGGGAAGAAAUUGUGUCAGCAAUUGGAAUUCUACUGAACUAUGGAGUCCAUAG